AAUCUCUGUACCUUUCUCCCCAAGCAAGGGGGUCUUCUUCUCACUCGUCUUCUCCAUCAUCGUCAUAACCCCUCUUCUCCCCCCACCCCCGAAACUCCAAACCCUAGCAUCCACAAAAAGCGAAUAGAGAGAGAGAGAGAGAGAGAGAGAGAGAGAGAGAGAGAGAGAGAGGGAUCGGCGCCAUGGCUCGCUACGACCGCGCGAUCACGGUGUUCUCCCCGGACGGGCACCUCUUCCAGGUGGAGUACGCGCUCGAGGCCGUGCGCAAGGGCAACGCCGCCGUGGGCGUGCGCGGCUCCGACACCAUCGUCCUCGGCGUCGAGAAGAAGUCGACCCCCAAGCUCCAGGACUCCAGGACGGUGCGGAAGAUUGUGAGCCUGGACACGCACAUCGCGCUGGCGUGCGCGGGGCUGAAGGCGGACGCGCGGGUGCUGAUCAACCGCGCGCGGAUCGAGUGCCAGAGCCACCGGCUGACGGUGGAGGACCCGGCGAGCGUGGAGUACAUCACGCGCUACAUCGCGGGGCUGCAGCAGAAGUACACGCAGAGCGGCGGCGUCCGCCCCUUCGGCCUCUCCACCCUCAUCGUCGGCUUCGACCCCUACACCGCCGUCCCCGCCCUCUACCAGACCGACCCCUCCGGCACCUUCUCCGCCUGGAAGGCCAACGCCACCGGCCGCAACUCCAACUCCAUGCGCGAGUUCCUGGAGAAGAACUACAAGGAAACCUCCGGCAGGGACACCAUCAAGCUCGCCAUCCGCGCCCUCCUUGAAGUUGUGGAGAGCGGGGGAAAGAACAUAGAAAUUGCUGUUAUGACACGCGAUGAGGGUCUAAAGCAACUCGAGGAAGCCGAAAUUGACGAGUUUGUUGCCGAGAUUGAGGCAGAGAAGGCUGCAGCUGAGGCUGCUAAGAAAGCCCCUCCGAGAGAAACCUGAAUUUCAGAUCACCAUUUCCUUAUGAGCUGUUCUCUUUCUUUUAUGUCUCUUUUACUUGUGAGAUGAAUUCUUUAAGUUACAGUCCGAUUGGAUUUGUUGCUAUUUUAGGUCUCCUGGUCUGAAAAUUAUAGAUUGGCCUACUCAAUUGCGCGAACUCUUUGUUUAUUUUGAUCAGACAUGGAUGUGUUGUUUCGUUAGCAGUUAAUCUCAUCCUGCUGGAUUUACUUUCUAUUA